UGGUACACCAGCCCAUCUGCUUCCGAUCUGAGGUAGGACUGUCAUGAAAGAAGAAGAACGGGGAAGCUGCCAUUAUCUGCAAAACAGAGUCUGAUUCUUCGAAGCUGGAAAGAAGGAAUUCAUAUAGAGAAGGCCAUGAAACCCUGAUUCUCACUCAGAAAUCUCUCUCAUUUCCUUUCAAAAGAUGGAGGGAAAGAAGGAGAUAGCAGCGGCAGCAGAGAAGGAGAAGAAGGAGAAGAAGGAAACGGAUCCUGAAUUCUUCAGCUGCUUCCUCCAGCCAUCAAAUGCUGAUUCCGAUCCCAAUUACAUUGGGAUCCGCCGUCUCCUUCUCUAUAAGAAGGCCCAGUCCGGAAUUGAUCGCCGCAAGGAUUGGAAAUGCAAUGGAAGAGCUUAUGUAGCCUACCGUAACUACAUCCGCAGACCAAGAAAUUGGGAAACUUUGGUUAUACCAAGCCAGCCAAGCACACCAGGACACAGUGGGCGCUGGGCUGGUACUCCAAGUCCACUCUCUCUUUUGUUUGAGGUGGAAAGCUGGACUUCUAGCAGGGAUUUGCGAGGUGGCAAUCCAGCUCUAAGCCAUCGGACAAGUUUCAGCUCAAGUAUCAGUGAAGCAGAUCGCCCACUUCACUUUGUUGAACCUGCAUAUUCCUUUGUAGGAAUGCAUUGCAUCUUUGACAAUUGCAAAGCUUCAGUUACAGUCUUGAAAUUUGGGCAUAUGAGAUCAGAUCUACUUGCAUAUGGUGCAUCUGAUGGCAGCUUGACAGUCUGCACUGUGUCUCAACCUCCUUCAGUGUUGCAGCAGUUGAGAGGGCAUUCAAAAGAUGUCACAGAUUUUGAUUUUUCCUCCAACAACCAGUACAUUGCGUCAUCAUCGAUGGAUAAAACUGUGAGAGUUUGGGAUGUAACAAAAGGCCAUUGCAUUCGGGUGAUAUAUGGAGUUUCUUCACAAUUAUGCAUUCGUUUCCACCCGGUGAAUAACAACUUUCUUUCAGUGGGCAAUGGAAACAAGGAAAUCACUGUGAUCAAUUUUAGCACUGGUCGCUUCAUUAACAAAGCUCUCUUUGAGAAUGAGAUCACUGCCAUGGACAAUGAUCAUACUGGUCAGCUUAUUUUUUGUGGUGAUGCCCAGGGAUGCAUAUACACUGUCAAUAUGAACUCCCGCACAGGAGCACUAUCCAGGAUGCACCGCAAUCGAAGCAGUAGUAAGCGCAAGUCUCCAAUCACAACUGUGCAGUACCGUACAUUUUCUUUGUUGGCACGGGGUCCUGUGCUGCUUGUAUGUACUCAAGAUGGGAGCAUGUCUUUCUUCAGUGUUGCGUUGGAGAUACAGGGUUAUUUGACUCUCCGUUGUUCGCUCAAAUUAGCUCCUCGGGUGCACAGUAUCCAUGCUUCCUUCUGUCCACUGCUUUCCCUAGAAAAGGGGGAAUUCAUAGUUUCUGGGAGUGAGGAUUCAAAUGUCUACUUUUAUGACUUGACGAAACCAAAGCACACGUGCGUGAACAAGCUACAGGGCCAUGGAUCUCCAGUUAUUGGAGUAGCUUGGAAUCAUGGGGAGAAUUUCUUGGCUUCAUCUGAUUCCGAGGGGACAGUUAUUGUUUGGAAGAGAGCAAAGACCAGCUAAACAACUAUACAGGAAGGUAGACUCAAGCACAUACAUGGUCAUGAACUGUUAAAUCAUCAGAUCUCACCCACCCAAGUUGGUAUUGUUUAUUUGAAAUAACGAGUCCAAGCUUGGAAAUAUCUUUAGUCGGGUGAGGAGAGGAGCGUGUGAUCCCUUCAUAUAGAAAUACAAGAAUCAAAGAUGAAAAAAAAAAAAAGGUUCAGCUUUCAUAAUUAUAGAUGCCCAUUCUUUCUAAGAUAUAUUAUCAAUAUGUUAUAAUAACUCGAAAGAAACAAACAUGGAAUUCAAUGUAUUGUAUUUUCCAAUGUUGUCACUGAGCCUUUUUGUUGUGGAGUUCGAUUCCAAGUCUGUACGGAAUUCUGUUGACAUAUUGAACAAUUUUUAUAUAUUAGCAUAUAUCAAAACUUAAAAUGGCAA